UAUCUCUCUCACUUCACGAGUACUCGGCUUUCACGCCUACUUACUAUUACUUGACAGAGUGUGUUUGGAAUCAAUAUCUAGAUAGCUGAGGGCAAGUAUAAUUUUGCAUCGCGGUGCUUGAAGGCGUUCUUCAAGCUUCAACGCAGGUGGGGUUAACCCAUAUGAUAGGGAAAGGGAACACGAUAUCGGUAGCUUGCUCGCGGGAUUAAUAGAAUGUAUGGAGGCAACGUGACGUUCUAGCCCAACCACUGCCCCCAAUUAGGGUCCAAACGGACUAAUUAUCGUCGUCUGCAAGACAAUAUCGGUCUAUCUGACCACGAAAAUCAUUCAUCAAUCAUUGUUGUUGAUAUGUUGAUUCCGUACUCACGAUAUGGUUUUUUGCUCCCUUCGUUGGGGUUUUUGGCAGGUUCGGACAGUGGCGGCAACAACCAAUUCACAAUCAUGAAUUGAGUGACAGAUAAAUGACGGACAGGUUGCUGGAUCUGUAGCUAGAAGGACCCUUGCUGUACCCUGAGAGCCAUCGAGUUAAGUAUAGCUCUUGGGGAAUUUACACGGGUUUCAGCUCGCUUUAAGUAGGCUCAGUCUUCUUUUUCCCGUCUUUCACCUUCCCUCGCCCGCCCCGUACAAAAGCUCCGAAUGGUCGAGAUACCCUCAGAUGUGGACAUUGUAGCGGCGCUUCAGCAUGAGGUACUCGUUCGCUACUUUUUCGCUGCUGGAGAAGCACUUUUCAUCUACGAUGUUCUUCUCAAUUUCGAUGUCGAGCUCGAGUACAUAUGGGCUGUCCUCAGUCCUCGAAAACGGCCAGUCAAGGUGAAAACCGUACUAUUCAGCUUGAUGUACCUUGUACAGAGGUAUCUACCACUGUUGGAUCAAAUUAUCUUGAAUCAGUAUUUCAUAUCGGGCGCCUCUACUAAGAGAGCAUGCACGAUCACUUAUGCGACGUCUGCAUGGGGUUCGAUUGCCGGAAUAUCGAUUUCUGAAGUCAUCCUUGUACUUCGAAUAUGGGCCGUUUGGGCGUGGAAACCACUGAUAGGGGUUAUGAUUGUCGUGUCCUCGGUAGCGGGCGGGAUUCCUGCGCUAUUCUUCCUCUCAAAAUUCGUAAGAGGAGUCCAAUACCCUGUAAUCGAUAUACCUGGCGUGUCGGAACAACUUCAAAGAUGUUUCUAUAUGGCGACGAAUAAGGAAAUCGUUGUGCCUUGGAUUUUGUUGAUGCUUGCAGAUAUGGCUGGUUUCAUCCUGAUGGCGAUACCUGGAAUUAGUGCCUAUCGGAGCGGUGGAAGUUCGAGCUUCGUAAAGGUUGUCUAUCGGGAUGGUGUCAUCUACUAUGCGCUGACCUUCAUGGUAUCGCUGAUCAAUGUGAUCGUCAUCCUCAUUCUAUCCCCUGACCUCGUACUGCUCCUCACCGGCUUAGAACGCGUCCUUCACUCUAUCCUCGCCAGCCACGUAAUUCUUCACAUACGAAAAAUGGCUUCUCAAGAUAAUAUUCAUGGCCAGACGUCAACCGGAAUAAUCCUGACAACGAUUGAGUUUACCUCUUUCAUAGGAACCGAGAACGGUUAUGCUACAAACAUGAGCUACCAAUCUCAGGGUGUUGAGCAACAAACGAGAGCUUAA